UUGGAUAGCUUGUCAUACACAUAGCCAAGAGUUUUGAUCAUCUAUUAUUGAGAGUUGCUUUGUUCCCUAAUCGCAGUAGCUCAGAUGUUUUCCUGAUAUUUGACACCAUCCCUUAGAAAAUCCCAGAGAAUAGCUGUUUACGCCAUUGGCCAAACAGCAAAAGAGAAUUUCCAAACACCCAGAGAAUUUACUAAUUUAAUUUCUUAUAUUAGUUGAACAGAUCAAUUCAUUUAAGAACUGACAAAAAAAAAAAAAGUUAUUCUAGAUGUUUUAAAAUUUUUCUCACUCACUAUAGUAUCCUACAUACUAAAAUAAACAUCUUUAUGAGAGCAAAGAGACAGACUUUUUUGAAAGUUUAUGAAAGAAAUAUCUUCUGGAAUUUCCUUGUAAGCAUCUGUCAGAGUGUUUCUCCAGCUCUCUCAUGUAUCAACACCUUUUGUCACCCCUGCAGUGAAGCCUCUCACCUUUCCACCGUCUGUUCGGCAGCUGACGAUAUGAAUGGCUGCAUAAAUAUAUGGUGUCCCGUCAAAUAUAAAUUAUUCACUAAAGCCUUUGAAUGUCUAUGGAUGAUUGUGUGGGUGUGUGUUCGUGCAAGAGAGACAGAGUAGGUGUUUGCGUCCAGUCAGGGGAGGAAUCCAUGGAGUGUUUAGGACUAGCAGAAAUCCUCUCAAAACUCCCUCAAUGCCUCGUAUGCUCCUGAGAAGACAGAUCUUUAAAGAAAUGUCCUGACAUUGAGUCAAAUUGAGACAUCUUUGAUCUAGAAACAUGCCUCCAGCGAAAUCACCCAACAGGGGCAGGGGAGGGAAACAGAAAGCAGUGACAGAAAAGACUGACAAAAAAGAACAACUACCAGCUCAAAAACGAGGAAAGAAGGAAUCUCAAAAUAAUAAUGAAAGUGGCAAAGGGGAUAAAUCUUCAAAGAAGGAAGAGAUAGCAGGGAAAGGGAAGAACAAAAAGGAUGGGAAGAAAACUGUGAAAGGUGAACAAACCGAGGAACCAGAGGAGGAAGAGACUGAGAUGGAGACUUCUAGACAGAAAGCGAGAAAGCAAAAUGGUAAAAACUUACCUAUCAAGGUAAAUAAUGGCAAUUUGGGUAAAGGGAGAGCUGGGAAAGUUGUCAAAUCUAAACACGACCAGAAAGAAAAACAAACCAAAACUCCAGCAAAAGGCGGGAGAAGGAGGGGUGCUAAAGUGGUUGAUACAGAAGAGGACGAAUCUGAGAGCGAGAAAGCAGAGAGCUCGGAGAAGGAAAGUGAUGAAGAAUGCAAGGAUGAGAAGAAGGAGGGGUCAGAUGGUGUUGAGGACACUGCUGAGACUGACGCAAGUGCAUUAAGUGCUCAAGAAGAGCAGUCAGAUGUAGACAAAAAAUCUGAAGUGGAGGAAGAAGAACAGAAGACAAGUGAAGGAGAGGGCAAUUCGGAUGUGCCUACUGAAAGUAAGAGCAUAGAAGAACCUGUUAGCAGUGCAGAAGAAGUAGAUUCACCGGAGGCAUUGAGUGAUAAAGGGGAGGUAAGCACUCCGGGAGAGACGACACGUUCAACAGCGAAAACAGCACCGCUAAAUCUGUCAGUCCAUCUCCAGGGACAAAAAAAGAUGUUAAAAUCCAAGAUAUUACAAAAGAAGGGGCCUUCGAAAGGAGAGGACCCUAAAGAACCCACUGUUUCUCCAAAAGCAGUUCAAAUGAAAGCAAUGGCUCUCUCCAAAGGUGGCGCCACCAAAGGUAAGUCUCAAAUUCUACAGUUGGCAAGUAAAACGAAGGCUAUGGUCAAGACAGAGGAGGCAGAUCAACAGGAAGAUAAAGAAGCAAACCCAACAAAAGGCCCUAAAGGGUUGUUGAACAAGCAAUCUCGUAUGCUGUUUUCAAUGAAAGGCAAAGAAAAAGCUGAUAAAAGCAAGAGUGUGAAAGAGAAACUUCCAAAAGACACUGAAGAUGCUGUUGAAGAACUAAAUCAAGAUUUAUCUGAGAAUAUAGUGGAAGACGAAGCUGAGCCCGAAGAAGAGAUGCCCUCAAAGUCAACCGAGCGUUUAGUUGCCCGGAAAAGAGGCAUGACAACAUUGCGCCGUGUUUCAGGAUGGAUUCAGAAGAAGAUACCAAAGAGCAUACAUGUUCGAAGAAAGCUAUCAGCUGUCACCCAAGCAAUCGGGGUCUCAAAAUGGCUUCCUGCUUUGGCAUUGAAGAAGAAGGGUAGUAGAGACAAGAAAAAGAAGAAUCUCAUCCGACAUAAGAUGCUUAUGAAAAUGUCAAGUAAUGGAAAAUCAAAGAAGGAAGAAUCAACCUCAAAGGAUUCCAAGAAUGAAGAGGAUACUACAGCUCAUCCCCAGGGAGAUUCCUCUAAGGACCCUUGUUCAUCUCCACAAGAUGCUGAGGAAAAGGCCAACCCAGGAGAUGCCAAAUAUGCAAUUGUGUUACCAAGGAUGAACAAAAUUGGCAAGGCAAAGGAAGCCACUGUUCUGUUGACUGGCACCAGCACAGGCAAUGAAGGCACCACAGAGCGUAAACCACCAAAGCCAGGUGCUCGUCUGGUUCUUCCAGUAAAGCCAGACCUUAGCUUGCUAAAAUCUGUAAAGAAAAGCGCUCAACUGAGGGGCAGUGGUCAAACUGACAGCCCCAAAUCUCAAGGGAUUGAGAGCCAAACAGAGGUGACAGCAGACACUAAAGAGCCAACAUCAGGCAUCAAAGAGGGUACAAGCAUACUACAAGCCGCAAAGGGAAAACUUGGGGGAUCGCAAGUAAACCUCACCAAGCUGCCCAUGUCUAAACCUUUACUUAAUGGUGUAAGUGCAGGACAGAACAAAGAAGUGGACAGGAAUCUAAGGAAAGCAACGGUACCAGUAGAACCAGAGAUAUGGAGGGAUGCAGGAAUCAAACCUGCCUAUGAGGAGGAUGUGGACCGAGAGGUGGCAGAGCUGAUGGGUGAGGGUCUUUUGCCCUCCCCGAUGGAGAUGCACUGGGCGCAGACUCAGCAGAUGUGUGGGGAUCCUCAAGACUGGCUACGCUCUGAGAACCUCCUGCCCCACCAAACAGUGGAGAAACUCACUAAAUGGACAGUGUAUCAAGAUGAUGAACAUGCUCACAUUAUUCCAACCCAUAAUGGCAGAGGGCCAUGGGAGUCUGAAGAUCCGACGCAAAACAUGCUAGAGGAGAGACUUAACAGCACACAGGUAUGAAAUAUGCAGUAACUAAGGGUGCAACAAAU